UUUCCACUUCUCUUGGAAGUCUCCGCAAUGAUAUCGAGAGACCUGGUUCUCAUUUCCAUCUCCGCCGCCAUUGGAGCCCUCGCCUCCUUGUUCGCCGCUCGCUUGCUCUCCUUCUCCUCCUCUCCCGACAACCCUAAGAGGCCGCCUUCUCCUCCUCGCCUCCCCUCCCCUCCAUCGCCCAACGCCAAUGGCUCCGCCUGCGGAGUCCCGCCUCGAAGCCCCUUCGACCCCGCCAAACGCGAAGGGUACAUUAGCUGGGAUGAUUACUUCAUGGCUAUCGCCUUCCUCUCCGCCCAGCGUUCCAAAGAUCCCAGCAGGCAGGUUGGAGCAUGCCUGGUUAGUCAAGAUGAUAUAAUCCUUGGAAUUGGCUACAAUGGAUUCCCAAGAGGUUGUUCUGAUGAUAAGCUUCCUUGGGCAAAGAAAUCUAUAAAUGAAGAUCCACUGGAGACAAAGUACCCUUACGUUGUUCAUGCAGAAGUUAAUGCUAUUUUAAACACAAACCAUGCCUCUGCUGCUGGACAGGACGUUAUUUGUCAGCUGGAUGAUUGUAGAAGUUGUAACCUGGAGUCAAUAACAAUGCAGUACAUAUUCCAAGACAAGCAUGAUUUUUAAAGAUGAAUUAAUGUUUGAUAUCUUUUAAGCCUUAAGCACCCUGGUGAUGUUCAUUUUGACCGAAUUAAUUUGGCAUGCUUGAAAGUUAAAUGAGAUAACAAUGAUGGUUGUAUGAACUCAACCUGCAUUUAUCUCUUUGGUGGGCUUUGUUAUUAGCCAAAGUGGCUAUACGUUCAAAUAAUAUAUACUUAGCUUUACUAAUUCUUUUAUUAAUUGUUAUUGCCUCUGGAAAAUGGAUUAUAUAGCUGUUGGUGUUCUUUACAGGUUACUAAUUAGAAGCUUUUAUGCCUUCAUUGUGAUAUAACAUAAUUGGCACAGUAUUUUAACCUUCAAGAACAUAAUUUCAUCACAUCUUGGACACUAAUUAUUUAGAAAAGGCAGAUGUUAUGAGGACUUCCGGUCUAAUGUGACUGAUACCUGUUACACACCCUUGACCAAGUAUGCAACAAAAACGAAAGAAGUGAUAGAAGUUAGAGGCCACAGUCGGAGGAAAAAGGUGCUUUUAAAAGUCAAACAAUAGCAGUAAGUUCUUCAAGUAAUCAUGGGUGCCAAAUUGUUCAUUAAGUGAAAAUAGUGAUGGCUAUAACUACAGCAGGUGGCAGGUGAUGAGCUGAAAAGGGCUCAAGGAAUUAUAAGAUCACCUCCUCUUUGCAUGUAGUAGGGUUUGCAUCCAGUUCAGGUGAUUUCAGAAUUAGUUUGAGGGUUUCUUUAAUUGAGAAAGAUCUUGUUAAUUAAUGAGGAGGCAUGACAGAAAGAAAUAAAUUCAAAUUAAACAUUAGAACACAAAAUUCAGAUGAUGGAACUACGAAGCAUCUUAUCUGCUAUCAAAUUAACCAGAACAAUAUACAGAAGGAGUUUGCAAGCAACUUAAGUGUUGGAAGCGAGACUGUUGUGCAUUUCUGGACUGGUCUUUCAUUAAUGAGGGUAUAGAUGACAUGAUAAUCCCUGAUCUGUGAGGUAAGAAUGGAUGACACAGGAGAAUCAUUUUGUAUGUGCAAAGGUGUCAAAAGGAAUCGUCUAAUUAACAUAAGACAGUGAUAUGUCACUUUGUAUAUAAUGGAUUGCUUUUAACUGAUCUGACUUAUAUAUUGUUGGUUAUAAGAUGUAUUUCUUUGCUCUUUUUUGUCUUUUGAGAAGAUAGGAAGCUUUAUGACCAUAUGCUUGUCAUUUUGGCCUGAAGUUCUUUUGACAUUAUCCGAAGCCAAUUUAGCAUGCAUAAUUUGAGCUUUCCUUGAUGUUGUUAUGAUUGUGACUUUAUAUACAAUACUUAAAAUAUGGGCAAAAGCUGCAAGAAUUACUGAUAAACGUCGUUUGAAAGGAAGGGUUGAAGUAUUCUGCUUAUAGGAUCUUCAUUGAUGCAUGAUAUUUUUUCGCUCAAUGGCUAUAGCAUGCCAUAAUGUAGUAGCAGUUACAUGUAAUCUUAAAUCUUAAACUAAAUUGGUAAUAACUUUUGUUGCAAUUUAGAGGUGCUAGGUAGUGAUUUUCUGUCUCUCCGUAAGAAGAGUAAGAAACCUUAUACUUUGGUUUCAAUUUAUUCCGCUACAGUUUUGUGGGUAAAUCUAGACAGAGAAUUGACAUCUGGUGAC